CAUCAAGGAAGCUGAAUCGCUGGCUGCACGCGUAUCAGUCGAUCUGCAAUACAGAUAGCAUAGACAUCAUAAUAUCUGACACGAAACAUGGCUUUAAGACGAGCGCUGCAUUUUGUUUUCAAAGUUGGUGACAGGACCAAAACAGCCACGUUUUACCGAGAAGUUUUGGGCAUGAAGGUUUUACGCCAUGAAGAAUUUGAAGAAGGGUGCAAAGCAACUUGCAAUGGGCCCUACGAUGGAAAAUGGAGCAAGACAAUGGUUGGCUUUGGUCCAGAAGAUGACCAUUUUGUUGCUGAACUGACAUACAAUUAUGGGGUCGGAGAAUAUCAGCUUGGCAAUGACUUCUUGGGCCUCACUCUGCAGUCAAGCCAAGCUGUCAGCAAUGCUAAACGUCUGGGAUGGCCUCUCACAGAGGUAGGGGAGGCUCUGUAUCUGACCCAGGCUCCAGGAGGGUAUCGCUUCUACCUGGUGGACAAAGAGCAGCCUCCUAAUGACCCUGUGCAGAAGGUUUGUCUCGGAGUAUCAGACCUCCAGAGAUCGACACACUACUGGACUACACUUUUGGGAAUGAAGGUGAUGGAGAAGAAUGAGGAAAAGAAAACAGUGCUGAUGGGAUUCACAGACACACAAUGCAAACUGGAGCUUCAUGAUAUCAGUGGAACAGUGGAUCAUGCAACAGCAUUUGGAAGGAUAGCAUUUUCAUGCCCACGGGAGCAGCUGCCUGACCUUGAAGCCUUAAUGAAAAAGGAAAAUCAGAAAAUUCUCACUCCAUUAGUCAGCCUGGACACUCCCGGAAAAGCCACAGUAGAAGUGGUUAUUUUGGCUGACCCAGACGGCCAUGAGAUUUGCUUUGUUGGAGAUGAGGCUUUUAGGCAGCUGUCCAUGGUGGAUCCCAAAGGAAAUGACUUACUUGAUAAGGCCAUGGCCGAAGAUAAAAGUGAUGAGUGGUUUGCCAAGCACAACAGACAGAAAGCUGCUGCAUGAGAUGAAGGACAUCGUGCACCACCCAUCCCUCACCAGUUCAUAUGAUGAUGAGAUGAUGCACAAGGCACUUGUAGAGUAAAUGCUCUUGUAAUUUAACUCAAGUAUCCAUAGGCUGGUAGUGUGUGAUUUAUUUUCCCCUGGAACAUGCCAUGAGCUGCUGUUACACUGACAGCACUUGCUCAAUUUGGUGGAUAUUUUUCCAAUAAAUAUUAUUCCCAUCAAUAAAGGAGAGAGGUGGGCUAAAACAUUAAAUUAAUGCAACUUUUUUUUUUUUAAAUUAAGGAAGGUAUCAAAAUGGCCAGGGGCAAAAUUCUGCUGUUGGGUCUUUGUUGCCCCUGCAACAACCACCUUCUGUGCAUUGUGUAUGCACCACUUAGUACUCCUAAUUCCUGGAGUAACUCUACCUGGAGAUAGAAUUUUUGUUCACCAGUUAGUAAUUUGAUUAAAAAAAUGUGUUUGGAAAAAUUUUCACAGGGCUAGAUCAUGACCCUUAUUGUUGAUAUUGUACUUAAAAACUGCAAACUCUAUAUAUUUGCAGAUAAUCAAGUGACCAAAACCCAGUUACAUGCAGUGUAGCUGGAGCUUUUAGAGGUCUGGGGCAGUUGGCUGGUUAUCCUCCAUCUUUUAUAUUAUAUGCUAUAAAACCUGAGUAUCAUACACUGAGACUUGUCCUAUGUAAAAGUGCAUAAUGUCACUCAUAUGCUCGCAAUAAAAACAAAACUUUUCAGCUUA